AUGCAACCCGCCCUCCUUCACUUCUUAUUCCUCGUCUUGGCAAGCGUGGUUUCGGCCGGGCCGAUUCAUAUGAAACACCAUGUAAUACGACACGCAAACGAGGCACAAAAGCGCUACGUGAUCAACGAACUACUCACGGUCACGAAAGGCUCCCCAAAGAAAAGACAGGCCUUCACACAGACAGUGACAGGAAUUGAUCCGUUUGUAACCCCCACAAGGAAGGGCACCGAGGAUGGAUCAGUUCCCGCUGUCGGAGUUGGAGGCGAUAACACCAGCUUGUUGAGCUUGUUGACAAUUUCUCCAACGCAGAGCUCGACAACAGAUGGUUCGGCGGCGGGAGAGACGUCAGCUGCUGGGGCGAACACAAGUAGCGAUACCAAUGCAGCACCGGGAACUGGCACCGCCAUCAAACCAAAUACUGCCCAAACUGAAGUUCAGCCGCAGGCCACAUUGACGACCACCGUGCAGGUCCAGACCACCAUACUCGAGACCUUCACAGUCACGGCUGAGGCGACUGUCUCGGCCACUGAUGGUGCCACCCAGGGGGCCGCUCCUUCAGUGGCGACACCCGCAGACGGGGAUCAAGUUGAGCAGCCAAGUGCCACAGUUACUGUUGUGUUUGUCACCGCGGAGCCGACUUUCACUGGCCCUACUGCUGGAUUUACAACACUGAGCCCGAGCCCGGAUACGGGCGGUACUGCUGCUACGACAUUGCCCAUAGCCACGACCGGGCCGAACUUAGAUCCCAACGCUGCCAGCAGCAAUUCAGAACCAUCAUCGACCAUAGCAGCAGCGAGAACUUCGACGGAAGGGGUGGCAUUUACUUCCGAGUCUAGUCGCGAGUCCGCCAACACAUCCACACCUGGGGAGCCUCGUCCCACGACGUUAAGUACGGCGUCGCCUUUUCCAGACCCAGAGACGGGGCCUGCUACAGUCACGGCCGCUUCAUCGACAACCGCGGCCGAUGUAGCUGUGGUGCCUGUCACGCCUAGCCCUUCACAGGGUCAAGUCACUGUCACAGAGACAGAGACUGUUACCACGACCGUGACCGCUCGAUAG